AUGGACGCCGACGAGUCCCGCCAGGUCCGCGUGCGCUUCGUGACGAAGCUCCCGCCUCCGCUCCGGGCGCCGACCACCGCCAUCGCCGUCCCCGCCGAGCUCUCCCGCAUGGGCCUCUCGGAGAUCGUCAACAGCCUCAUCCUCUCCGCCGAGCCGGACCACCAGGCGCAGCCCUUCGACUUCAUCGUGGAUGGCGAGCUCGUGCGGAUGCCGCUCCACCAGUUCCUGCUCGCCAAGGGCAUCUCCGCGGAACGGGUGCUUGAGCUUGAGUAUGUAAAAGCAGUGGCGCCGAAGAAGCAGGAGCAGCCCUUGCCACAUGAUGACUGGGUCAGUGCGGUUGAUGGGUCGAACCCAAGGUUCUUAUUAACAGGUUGCUAUGAUGGUCUUGCAAGAAUAUGGAAAGAUGGAGCUGUAUGUACUCAAGUUUUGGAGGGACACAGUGGUGCAGUUACUUCUGCCAGCUUCAUCAAUAAAGGAGUUGAAACUGAUGGCAGUUUGCAUGUCGUGACUGGAUCAAAGGAUAGGUCGUUGCGCCUGUUCAAGUUUGAUACUUCAGUCACCACUGACUCCCUGAAGCAAAUUGGAGCUUACAAAAUUUUCCCUGGUCAUUCAUCAUCUGUGCAAAGUAUUGCUGUCGACCCUUCCAGAAAUAUGAUAUGUUCUGGUUCCUGGGAUACCAAGAUUAAGCUAUGGGCAGUCGAAGGAUCUGAAGAAGAUGGUGAUUCUGUUACAGUGAAAAAGAGAAGGACGAACUCUGAUGCAUCUGGACCCGAAGAGUCUCAGUUAGAGGGUUCAGCAUCUUCAACAUUUGAGGGACAUUCACAAUGUGUUUCUUCUGUUGCUUGGCCUGAGCAGCAAACAAUAUAUUCGGCAUCUUGGGAUCAUUCUGUUCGGCAGUGGGAUGCUCAAACAGGGAAAGAAACAUGGAAUAUGUUUUGUGGGAAGGCCCUGAAUUGUUUGGAUUGUGGUGGUGAGGGCUCUUCACUAAUCGCUGCUGGUGGUUCUGACCCUGUAUUGAGGGUAUGGGAUCCUCGCAAACCUGGGACACUGGCUCCUGUUUUUCAGUUCUCUUCGCACUCAAGCUGGAUCUCUGCCUGCAAAUGGCAUCCAAGUUCCUGGUAUCAUUUGUUAUCAUCUUCAUUUGAUGGGAAAGUGAUGUUGUGGGAUCUAAGGACAGCAUGGCCUUUGGCUUCUGUCGACUCACACACCGAAAAGGUUUUAUGUGCCGAUUGGUGGAAAGGGGACAGUGUAAUAAGUGGUGGAGCUGAUUCCAAGCUGUGUAUCUCAUCAGGGGUUGAAAUAGCGUGAUGAAGAUCCCCCCCACAUGUUGUGCUAUCAAGCUGACAGCAGUUCAAUCCGGAUUAUAUUGGUUGACAAGACAUCUCUAAAAGCCAAACCAUGCCAACUAGGGUUGAAAACAUCUGUACCGAAUGUCAGAUCAAUAUAACGAUGUGAAGCUGUUACACUUAGUGCCAGCGGAUGUGCACAAGUAGAUCUACAUUAGGGAUCACCACAUCUGCAAUCAAGUUUGUUUUGCGCUCCUUGUUGAAAUUCUCAAAACCUACAUAUUAUAACAAUGUUAUGAUUGUAAUUCAGAGUUAACUGCUUGCCGAUAACUCAAGGCUGGUUUUGCUUUGCCUGAAUUUUCUGUUUUA